AUUAAAUUUUUGUUUACUUUGGUAUUUCCCUAUAAUUAGCUGAAUUUUGCUAGAUCUUUAAGCUACUAAAUUUUUUGCUAGAUGUUUUAUUAAAUAGUUUAAAUGUCGUAUAAUUCAAAAGAAUUUCCUAUUGACUCUUUAUUCGAAAAGAAAAUUAGAUAUUUAAAACAGUCGAAUUGGAUUUUGCCGCAUGCAAACGAUUUAUUUUGCACUGAUUCCACUAAUGAGGAAGUUGAUGCUCUCCAACAGCUUAAAAGCAGCUUAAAUUAUACUAAAUCCAAAUUAAAUGACUAUCCAAUAGAAAGAUGGAGUAAACAUACGUAUCAUCGUGAUCCUGCUUCUGAAGUAAAAUCGGCAUUAAAAUAUAUGGGAGCGGAGUUUGUUACUCAGGCAUGGUGUAAAUUUUAUGAAUGUCUUGAGCAAUUCGAAAUAGUUUCAAGUUCUGAGUUCAACAGUUUACAUUUGUGUGAAGCUCCGGGGGCAUUUAUAACUGCUUUAAAUCAAUAUUUAUAUUCGAAUUUUCCAAAGAAACAGAUUAAAUGGAAUUGGGUCUCGACUUCGUUAAAUCCUUAUUGUGAAUCGAAUCCAUUAAAGAAAAUGAUAGUUGAUGACCGAUUUAUUUUCCAAACUUUAGAUCAUUGGACAUUCGGAGAAGAUCUUACUGGUGAUAUUAAAAAUCAAAGUAAUAUUGAGAAAAUUGUUGCAGACGCCAAAAAAAUUGGGAAUAUAAAUUUGAUCACAGCUGAUGGAUCUAUAGACUGCGUUGAAAGUCCUGAAUCACAGGAAGAGAUUGUUUCUUGCUUGCAUUUUGCCGAAAUUUGUACUGCAUUGUUAACUCUUUCAGAAAAUGGAUCAUUUGUUAUCAAAAUGUUUACGUUAUUUGACAUGGCCAGUAUUAGUAUGAUGUAUUUGUUGAACUGCGUAUUUCGGCAUGUUAAUAUUUUUAAACCAGUUACAUCUAAAUGUGGAAAUUCCGAAGUUUACGUGAUUUGUAUGGGAUUUGAUAGCAAAGCACCGAAUUUCGAUGGCUAUACAACAUUGAUGUUGAGUAAAAUUAAAGAGAACAUGAAAAUUCCUUCCUUGUUCAAAAAAUCGCAAAUUCCGUUAAAUUUUUUAGAACAACAUGAGGUUUAUGUACGAAUGUUUAUGCAGUAUCAAAGAAGUGCAAUAGAAUCUAAUAUUUAUCACUUUGAAAAUCCAACAAGAGGAGACAUAAAACAAUGUAGUAAUAUAAAACGAAACGUAGUAAAUGCUUUUAUUCAAAGGUACAAAGUAAAGCCUAUUCCCAAGGAAUGUUUAAUUUUAUUUAAGCAGCAGCCAAUGAAAACAGAAAAAUAUUACAGUGAUUACAGAGGUUCCUAUUCUGAUAGAUGUCAUCUAAAGGACUUGUCGGAUAUAGAAAAACUUAAUAUUUUUAAAAGUCAUUUUGAGGAAUUACAAAAUACAAUACAUUUUCAACAUCAGUUUUCUGAAAUUUUGAGAACAUCUGGAACGGAAUUUAUAAAUUUAUCAUAUCAAUUUGGAAAACCUAUUGAGAAAUUAAAUAGUAGUUUAUUUUGCGAUAGAGCAUUGUUAAUAUUACGCGAAAAGGUGGAUACAGUUUUUCCUGAUCUUCGCAAAAAUUCUCCUAAAUUGUUAAAUUCUUAUUGUGAGUUGAUUUUCGAUUUAGAAAAUAGUUUUAAAAGUGACUCUGUGGUCCUGCACUUUCAAGCAGGUUUUUCAAGUUCCGAUUACGGUUUAAAGGAAAAUGAAUUUUUUGAGCAAAUUUUUAAAAAAAUUGGCUCCAGCACUAAUAUAAAUAAAAUAAUAUUUUAUGAUUUUGCUUUUUUAACUCAUUCAUCGACGUCUUUGUUAAAAGUAUUAUGGAUGAACUAUUUUACUGACAUGAGUAUUAAAUAUGAUAGUGGAAUUAACAUUAUAGAAUUAAAAACAAGGAAAAAAUCAAGUCAUAGUGAAAAAGAAAUCAAUCACGAAAAUUUGAAAAGUACAUUUUUUUGUUGCAUUAAUAUUAAGGAACUACACCAGAAUGAGUUUAGCAGUGAUAUCAAAAGCUUCAAUAAUGCGGUUAUUAUGAAAUUUUUUAAUACAUUAUUUUCUACAGCUAUUUGAGAUAUUGAUUUAUUUUAUUUGUAUUAAAGUUAUAAAAUAAAACUAAGUAUAUAUAUAAAAUUCAAAAGUAUUAUUUCGAUAUUCUGUUGUUUC